AUUCUCAACAGUUGACAAGAAGGGGUGAAUAUCAUCAGAGGGAAAAUUACUAUUGUCAUUUUAAUACUGUACAUCUCUGAGAUGUAACUGUGUUGUCCGAUGGGGAACGAUGACCUACCCGCGAAAGCUCAUCUCAGGACUGCGGGGCAGGAGAUCUUGGGCAAGCCACUUAAGUGACCCGUGCCUCAGUUUCCCCACCUGUAAAGCGAGGAGGGUAACAGGCAAGUCACGCGGGGAGGAAGCGUGGCGAGGAUCAAUCUAUGCAAGCUGGUAAAGCGCUCUGGGAGGGGCAGGAGCUGGGACCUGCCCGGAGAAGCCUUUUGAUGAAGUCCCUGCUCAGCUGCUGAAUCCUCCGCUCCCGCAAAAAGCACCCACCGGAGCCAGCUCCACUCCCCGUCCAAGCAUCUCCCACGCGUGAACUCCAGCCGCCCGGGGAGCCGCGAGCCCCCGGGCCGUGCAAUCAGCGCGGCCUCCCGCUCCCUCCCGCGCGCUCGGAGGAGGAACCUAGGGGGACGGAGAAGGGGGUCUCCUCCUCUGCCCCCCCACCCCCGCCUCCUAGAUGGCGCAUGCGUGAUAGCUCAGGGCUGCUCGUCGGGCCAGCGGAGGGAGGGAGCCGCCGGGAGCGCUCGGGUGCCGCCGCCUGUUGCACCAGCGCCCCGCGCCGCCAGCCAUUGUCCCCCGCUCCCCGCCGCCGCUGCAGGAGGCCGAGCAGCCCCGCCCGCGGGGUCUCCCUUGGAUUUUAAUAUCAGAAAAUUGUGUGUCUCUGAUGAGAACUUUGCUUAGUGUUCGGGUCAUGAAACUUAAUCCACAGCAAGCUCCAUUAUAUGGUGACUGUGUUAUUACAGUGCUGCUGACUGAAGAAGAUGAACUUGAAGAUGAUGUAGUUUUUUACUUGGUGUUUACUGGCUCCACUGUCCAACACUGCACAAGCACUAGAAAAAUUAAUCGUGGGACACUGGAGACCAUUGCUCCCGGCCAUGACUGCUGUGAGACAGUGAAGGUGGCACUUUGCACUGCCAAGGAAGGGCUUCCUGUUCUAGUGGUGGCAGAGGAAAGUUUUCAGUUCAUUCAGGACGAGGCCUAUGAUGCAGCUCAGUUCCUAGCAACCUGUGCUGGCAACCAGCAAGCACUGAACUUCACAAGAUUCCUGGACCGGUCAAGGCCUCCCUCUGGGGAUGUGGAUUUUCUGGAUGAGAAAGUGGCUUUGGCAUUUCGGCAUCUGAAACUGCCAGCAGAAUGGAAUGUGUUGGGAACAGACCAGACGCUCAAUGAGAGUAGCCCCCGGGAGACGUUGUUGCAUUUUGCAGUGAGGCUGGGCCUUCUGAGGUUGACAUGGUUUCUGCUACAGCAGCCAGGUGGAAGAGGAGCUCUUUGUAUCCACAACAACGAAGGGGCCACACCUGUGAGCUUGGCAUUGGAGCGGGGCUAUCAGAAGCUGCAUCAGCUUUUGACAGAAGAGGAAGCUGGUGAACCGGACUCUUGGAGCACUUUGUCUCAUAUAGUGCACUCGGGGGACUACUGUGUGAAAUACCACCUUGGGCUGAAUGUUUAUACGCUAACGGCUGAAGCCAAGGAAGGAGCAAAGGCCAGCAUGGAGCAUGACAUAGAGCAGCUCCGGCAAUACAUAGCGAGCCACCAGCACACGAUCCUGACUCAUCCCUGCAAAGAGAAGGCCAGUUAUAUCCUGAGGGCAGAAGAACAUUGCUUGGAGCACAGGGUAGCUCCCUGCAGUGUGGUUGGGUCAGUGGGCGGGGAGUGUGAGAAUGCAGCGAAACAGCCAGAGCCUGAGCUGAGAACUUCAGAGGAUAACUGCAAUAUAGGAACAGAGGUGGAGGGUUUUCCGGCGGCUGCAGCCUCCCUCUCAGAAGAAAUGCCGACAGAAGAAAGCAAAGAAUGCCCUUCUGCACUAGUUAACUUUGAUGUGAGGCAGCUCUCAGCCCCAACAGGCCAAAAAGAGAACCAGUGUGACAGUGGGAGUUUGGCAGUGCUUAACGACACAUCAAGUGAUUUGUUGAGCCUGGCGGGUAUAGACAACCCAGAGUUUUCCUGUGAAAGUAAAAACACAGCUACGUUGAGUAAAAAGGAAGAGGAGGGGCCAGCCGCUAUUGUAGACUCUGGGACUGUAUCAGAUAAAAAUGACUGCACGCUGAGCUCAGGUUCUGGAGUAAGUGGUGCUGCAAGCCUUCCAUCCUGUGGAAAUACAAAUGCGGAAACAGGAAUGACAUCCAGUGGAGUUGUUUUGAGUCAAGCCAGCCUGUGUAGUAGAGAUAAUACCCAACAGGAAGUGCAAAUCGUUGAAGAGUGCGCAACUGAAAGCGCUGUUACUGUGGCCGAAACUGCAUGCGAAGCCCCAACGCCCUUUGAGGGUGUGGAUGUGGCUAUGGGCCAGGCAGAAUGCAAGAACUGUACAGGGUCUGUGGAUGCUGCUUCAAUCCAGCAGCAUGUGGAGAAUGGAGAGGAUGAGACUCGGGGAUUAAGAACUUCAAGUCUGAAAGAACUGCCCCCCGCAAGUGGGGUGCUGAUCCAUGCUAGUGAGCCCUUACUUGCAGUGUCACCAAAAUCUCCAAGAGAAGGUGGGGAAUGUGGAGCUGGACAAGGGAUGCAGGCACAGGAUAAUGCAAAUGUACGUGUUGACAGUGAUAUUAUCCCUGUUGGCCAUUGGGAGACAAGUGGCAGCAAAGAGAGUGGAACAGACUCGAACACCAAAAAUGCAAAGAUUGGUUUGCCAGAGGGCGUAGUCCAAGGUGAACCCCUUGUAAAGCAGAGGCAGAGUAUGAUUCCCAACACUAGAGAGGAGCUGCUGGUUGUGACUGAAAUAAAGGUUUCAGAGAAUGCACUGGAACGUGAUCCUGUUGUUUUGGAAGUGAACAACAAUAGAAAGAGUGGUGAGCAGGGUGUGCAGGUGGAAAAUGGAAACGCAGACAUUGGGCUGAAUGAACUGGUUUUGAGUGACAAUGUGCGGAAUAAUUCUGAAAUGAAAAACAAUCCCCUUGACAGGCCUGGUCCAAGUGAUGCAGAGUCUGUGUGUUGCCUUGAAAGCAGUAAAACCAUUGCAAUUCUAGCUGAAGGCGAAGGUGACAGUGAAGCCCUUAAAAAGAUGUCACCGAGAACUGAAACUACUGGCAGAGGAAACACAGAUUCAGCAGAGGAAGGCCAGCGGUCUGCUGGCAAUUGCCACACUGAGAAUCAAGCUGUUUUAAAAGGUGAAAUGUGUGACAGCUUAAAACCGGAGACUGCUUCAGCUAGCAAAUGUGAGCCUGGGUCACAACCUCCACUUGACGCAGGUUUGUCCUCAGCAGAAAAAGAGCAUCUGCCAAACCGAUUGGUGACGUCAGAAAGUAUUUCCGAACAGGAGGGGGUUGGCAAGCAAAUGAAAUCAUUUUCGUCUCCCUUAUUUAAAGGAGAUGUACAACAGGGACAGGCAGUCGGUCAGGAGAGAGAUGCUGCAGUGGCACCUCCAGGACAGGAGGCGUCUGUGCAUGGUAAUGAUCCUGUCUUCUCUUCAUGUGGCAUGGGGACAGAGUGUAUCCAGGAUAAUUUAAUGGACACACCCUCUGCAAUUCAUAAUAAAGAAUCUAAACAAAACCAGGAAGUAGCAGCAGGAGCAGAGACGGCAGUGCUUGCUGAACAGGACAGUUCUGUGCAUCGUAAGAUAACAGCAGAAACUGGCUUGCCCAAAGACAGCGUGGAAAAAGAGGACUCUGACGAGAAAAGUCUGUCACAGCCGGCUGAAGAGAGCAAAGCUGAACCCAGUCAGGAGCUGUGUGAAAGUGGGACACUUGGCAAAGAAAAGGGUUUGUCCGAGGAGCCUGCUGCUACUGUGAAAUCCUCUGUUUGCCGUCAGGGCGAGGAAUCUGCAGCAAAUGACAGUAACGCAGAUAUUGGGCUGAAAGGGGAAAUCUCCUGUCAGGAAGCGGAUGACAAUGCAACAGUGGAUGCAGAAGAAAGUAUUGUACAAGGGUCUGAAUCAGAGUAUAAAUCGCUGGAUGCGAAGAAUGACCCUCCUCCCGACGCAAUGUUGAACCAAGAACGUGAUCUCAGUCAGGGGGCACAGGGAGGCUCUCUGCAAAACAAAGCACCAGAAUUAAAGGAGGUCUCUGUUAUGGAAGCACCUUCUGUUGCCUUUGAGAAUAGAGCACCUCUAGGUAUAGCUGAGACAUCCACAAUACCAGGUGAUCCAGAAGAGGAGGAGGAUAUGAACAAUGUACUCUCCAGAGCAUCGCUUCAGCCUAUUGCAGAAGAACCCCCCUGCGACAGCGACUCCAGCACUGACACUGUCUGUUUGGCCAGUGAGAGCGAAGCUGGGUCUGAAGUGAAAGAAGCCCAGCAACAGGUCUUGGAUUGGCCCAACAAAGACCAAGAGGAGCAGAGCAAUGCCAUGCUGGAAGCGUGUCUCUCACAGUCACAUCCAUACAAUAUCAAUGCUGCUGCUGAGCUUACAGAUGAUGCUGGGGCAAAGAGCUUGGUUCCAGAGGCUGAUGGCUCCUGGCUGGAUGGAUUUGUUUCUAUAUUGGAAACGCCUUCUGUCCCUGAGUCUGCAGUUGGGAAGCUAGAGAGUGUACCCGUUGGGGUUCUCCCCCCAUCCCCUUCCAAAGCCGGAGUGAUUACGGGAGACAUCCUUAAUGGAGAAAUGGAUUUAAGUUUGCAGUUUGAUGAACCAACGAAAAGGGGGGAUGCAAGCUCAGAAGUCCUAGGAUCUGAGCCUGUUACAGAAAAGCUGGAGAUGAAAAUUGAAGAUGAGGUGGAUUUUUUGAAAGACCUCAGAGAGCAUGCAGUUUCUGAAGGAACAAUAAACCGUGAAAGCUGGUGUUCAAUAGAGCCAUGUUCAGAUCCGUCACUGCUGGAGCCAACGCAAACUCAUGAAUCUAGAGAAUGUGAACAUUUCCUGGAGGAUGGGCUGAGUGGAGACUGUGCCUCAUCACAGGGUGUCCUGAAAAGAGAAACUGGAAUCGAGUCUGAACUCUUCCCUUUGCCUGGCGAUGGGAUGGAUGACAUCGUCUUUGGAAAGCAGCCUGAAGAGGAGCCGUGUGCUUGUGAUGUCACCAGUUACAGCUCAUCAGCAGAUGACACAGUGUCUUUGGAGAGGAAUUCCUCCCUUGGGAGUGACAUAUCCCUUCCACAUGCUCUAAACCUCAACAGGCCUAAGGAGAGGCACACUGUGGAUGGCAGCUGCAUUAACAUGGGAGCCGCAGGGGGACGGGAGAGUGAACUUGGUGGCUCAGGCGAAAUGGAAGAAGAGAUGGACAGUAUUACAGAAGUGCCUGCCCACUCCUCUGUCUUAAGAAAUUCCAUGCGACCACUGUCACCAUUCCGACGGCACAGCUGGGGGCCAGGGAAGAAUGCUGCCAAUGAGGCAGAAAUCAAUCACAGGAGUUCAAUGCGAGUUCUGGGGGAUGGUAUAAGGAAGCCUCCCAUUCAUAGGAGAAGUUUGAGCUGGUGUCCCUCUGGAGUACAGUACAUUACCAUGGGUGCUGACUUUAAUUGUAGAAGUUACAGCCUAGAAGGCCUUGCAGGAGACUCCGAUGAUAACAAGAAGCCCUCCUCAAAUUUAGAGACUUCCUCUUUGAGUUCCAAAGACCUCAGGCGAAGUCCACUUGCUAAUGAUGAACGUGGCUCCUUGGUCUCACUCACUGAAGAGGAAGUAGAAUCUGAGCAGGGGGAAAUCAGAGGGUUUGACCAUCAGACACGCCAAAGAUCACAGCCACAUGGAUUUAAUUUCUGUACUUCUGCCACUUCUCCGCUGACCAAAUCUAUUUCGCUAAUGACAAUCACUCAACCAGGACUAGACACCCAGAGACGGACUCGACCAUCCGGACGAAUCUCCUUCUCCUUCAACAUCUCUCCGCUCAUCCCUAAGUCUAAAACUCUCUUUUCUAUUGGCUCUUCUUCCAGUGAUGAGGAGGAGGAGGAGUUGGAUAGCACUCGAUCGUUCAACAGCACCAGUAGUUCAUUGUCUCAGAGUGUGUCUGAAGAGAGCGGCAACUUCUUGCCUCCCAGCCCCUCCAGGAAAGAUUUAGAAGGGAAAAGUGGAACAAAAGUCAGUCGCACCUUCAGCUACCUCAGGAAUAAAAUGUCCAGCAGCAAGAAGAGCAAAGAAAAAGAGAAAGAUAAGGAGAAGACUAAAGAGAAGGACAAAGAUUCCAAGGAGAAAGAAAAAGACAAGAAGAUGUUAAAUGGACACCUCUUCAGUGCAGCCCCUACUGUGGGUCCAAUCAACUGUUACCACUGUAUGAAACCUUUCAACAAAGAUUCAUACCUCUGUGCAAACUGCAAUGCAAUUGUUCACAAAGGCUGUAAGGAGAGUCUCAUAUCCUGUGCAAAAGUCAAAAUGAAGCUACAAAAAGGGAUGCUUCAGGCACACGAUACCUCUUCGUUACCCACAGUAAUUAUGAGAAACAAGACCUCACAACCUAAGGAGCGCCCUCGGUCUGCAAUACUUGCCCCUGAUGAAAGCACCGUAACCUCAAUAUUCAAUAACAGGAGAUCACAGCAGACUACAACACUUUCAAAAAGCGUCUCAAUACAGAACAUUGCAGGAGUUGGCAGUGAUGAAAGCAUAGUACAUACUUGGAAAUUCCUGUCACAGUCAACAGACUCUUUACAUAAAAUCAGCCGGGUGAAUGAAUCCACGGAGUCGCUAACUGAUGAGGGUGCAGACAUGAAUGAAGGACAACUCAUGGGGGACUUCGAGAUGGAUUCCAAGCAGCUGGAGGCAGAAUCCUGGAGUCAAGUAGUGGACAGCAAGUUUUUGCGGCAGCAAAAGAAGGAUGUCGUCAAACGGCAAGAUGUCAUAUAUGAACUGAUGCAGACAGAGAUGCAUCAUGUCCGCACUCUGAAGAUCAUGAGUGAUGUGUACAGCAGGGGGAUGCUGGAGGAGCUGCAGUUUGAACAGCAAAUGGUGGAAAAGGUCUUUCCUUGCCUGGAUGACUUGCUGAACAUCCACAACCAGUUCUUCCAGCGGAUUCUGGAGAGGAAGAAAGAGUCCCUGAUGGACAAAAGUGAAAAGAACUUUGUUAUCAAGAGGAUAGGAGACAUCCUGGUGAAUCAGUUUUCCGGUGAGAAUGGGGAGCGAAUGAAGAAAACUUACGGCAAAUUCUGCGGGCACCACAACGAGGCUGUCAAUUAUUUCAAAGACCUGCAGUCAAAAGAGAAGCGUUUUCAGGCAUUCAUCAAGAAAAAAAUGAGCAGCACGGUGGUGAGGCGCCUGGGGAUACCUGAGUGCAUCUUACUAGUAACUCAAAGGAUCACAAAGUAUCCCGUGAUACUACAAAGAAUAUUACAAUAUACCAAAGAAAACGAAGUGGAACAUCAAGACUUGACCCAGUCACUAAACCUGGUUAAAGAUGUGAUUGCUGCAGUCAAUAGCAAAGUCAACAACUAUGAAAAGAAAACGCGUCUUACUGAGAUCUACACCCGGACGGACAGCAAGUCCAUCAUGAGGAUGAAGAGCGGCCAGAUGUUUGCCAAGGAGGACUUGAGACGUAGGAAACUUAUCCGAGAUGGGCCUGUCUCACUGAAAAACUCAGCUGGGAGACUGAAAGAGGUCCAGGCUGUCCUCCUCUCAGACAUGCUGAUAUUCCUUCAGGAAAAGGACCAGAAGUAUGUCUUUGCCUCAUUGGACCAGAGAUCCACUGUAAUCUCUCUGAAGAAACUGAUAGUACGAGAAGUGGCCCAUGAGGAAAAGGGUUUAUUCCUGAUUACCACCGUAGUGAAAGAUCCAGAGAUGGUAGAAGUCCACGCCAGCUCCAAGGAGGAACGCAAUAGCUGGAUACAAAUAAUUCAGGACACAAUUAACACCAUGGACAAAGAUGAAGAUGAAGGAAUCCCGAGUGAAUCAGAACUGGAGAAGAGAGUAUUGGACACCAAAGCCAGAGAGUUAAAAGAACAGCUUCAGCAGAAAGAUCAGCAGAUCCUAGUGCUGCUGGAGGAAAAGGAGAAGAUUUUCCGGGAUAUGACUGACUGUAGCAUGCCAGAGGAUGGCUCGGUUUCCAGAGUGCUGUUCAGGUCCAAUACAGAGGAGGCACACAAAGGGGAGACCAUUAUGAAAAGUGCAAUAAACGAGGUUGAAUAUUUGCAAAGCUUGAUCAGUAGGAGUCUAGGGAGUGCACUUGGGGCUGCUGACCUGCUGCCAAACGCUGAGCAAGAAGGGGGCGUUGGCCCCAUCUCCCUUCCUAGAAGAGCAGAAACUUUUGGAGGAUUUGACAGUCAUCAGAUGAAUGCAUCCAAGUGUGGAGAGAAAGAUGAAAGUGAUGAUGCUCAGGAUCUUCGGAGAACAGAAUCAGACAGCAUUUUGAAGAAGGGCGGAAAUGCGAAUUUGAUGUUCGUGUUGAAAAGAAACAACGAGCACGUUCUCCAAAGCAUUACCUACCUCCACAAGCUGCUCAGCACUUUGCAGGCUGUAGUCUUGCAGCAGGAUACUUAUAUUGAGGAUCAGAAGCUGGUUCUCAGUGAGAGAGCGCUGACACGGAGCUCCUCCCGGCCAAACUCCUUGAUCGAGCAGGAGAAACAGCGGAGCCUGGAGAAGCAGCGGCAGGAGCUGGCCAACCUGCAGAAGCAGCAGGCCCAGCACCAGGAGGAGAAGCGGAGGAGGGAGAAGGAGUGGGAGGCCCGGGAGAAGGAGCUGACAGAGCGGGAGGUGCGGCUGGCCCAGCGAGAGGAGCAGGCACAGAAGGGGCACAAGGAUCUGGAAAGGGAGAGGGAAGAGCUGAAGCGGAGGAAAGAAGCCUACCAGAUGGAUCUGGAGCGGCUGCGCGCAGCACAGAAACAACUGGAGAGGGAGAAGGAUCAACUCAAGAGAGAUGUGUCACGAUUACCCCCAGUGCAGAUGGAGCCUGACCUCAGACAGGUUUCAAAUCCCCAUGAUAAAACGGUGAGGAUCCCCUCCCAGCCCACUGCUGAGGACUCCAUGCAGCACGGUUCUUCCCUACCCAAACAGGGGCACUUUGAUGCAGGACUAUCUGUGUCGCCCAAAAGGAACAGUCUCUCAAGGACACACAAAGAGAAAGGCACUUUCCACUUGCUUAGCGCAACGAACCAGACUAACAAGGCAGCCGAGGUGCAGCAGCCCACCCGCCUCUUCGGUUUAUCGAAGCCAAAGGAGAAGAAGGACAAGAAGAAAAAGGGCAAAGGACACCGCUCCCAACCUGCUGAUGCUCAUUCAUCAGAAGCACCACCAGAGGGCGAGGAGAUCUUCUGCUGAAUGUCUGCUCCUAAUUCUGCAGGGAUGAGCCUCCCUCUCCACUGUACUGUGUUAGAAGCUGUACAGGCAUCUGAGGGGGCCAAAGCAUGAGCAGCUCGCCCUUGCACAUCAGUCAUUCUCAGCCUUUGUACAGCACAUUUUGCUGCACACUCCUGGCUCCUGCACCCGACCAGCUCUCUGUGUGUUAAAUAAAACAUUUGUAAAGGCUGCAGAUGGUGGGAAAGGGGCUCUGUCCUGCGGUUUUUUAAUGAAUUCUGGCUGCAGAGGCUGACCACACUGCAAACAGCACCCACUUCGGGUGCAAAUCUUGGUUGAAAGUAGGAAUGGAUGUUCCCAGUCUCUUCUUAUUGCUAAAGGAUGAAAGACUAUGGCCCAAGGGGUCUGUGCCUCCAAAUUCUCCUUUCCUGGGGAAUACAACCAAAACCAAGCAUUUAGCAAAAGGCCAGGAUUCUGCAAAUGGUGCGUACACACUGGCAUAUAGAUAUACUAUAUAUAUAUGUAUGUGUCUAUGUAUCCACUGGGAUAUACUUACAGUCUGUACAGACAAGCUGGGUUAGCUUAGCUCGGCCCAAGGAUACCUGAUGACUUUCAGGGAGCAUGUAGAUAUUAAAUAUCUUAGCCUUAAUGCUCAGAGUGUAUCUUUAUUGGUCCUCAUGCCCCUUCCAAGCACAUUGUAUGUUACAUGCUUCAUUUCAGAAAGGUACCAAACACUAGGCAGCAGCAACAGUGGAAAAAAAAAUACAAUCAAAAGUUACUCCCAAGGAUUUCUUUGGGGCAGAGGAAUUAAAAUUUAAUCCAUUUCCAGCACCAAACAGAAUGUCUUUGGAUGUGUUAAAAACAUGAUCCGGAAAGGAAAAAGGAUGCUGUACUUGUGAAGUAAUCCCAGGAAGCCAGAACAGACCAUGUUCAAGUGACAACUGCUUCUUAAUGUGUCUGUGUGAGUUAGUCUAUUUCCUCCUCUUCCCGAGCAAGGCUUUCUUUGUCAAAUUACGUUUCUCCAGCAAGAUGUCAUUUGGGAUCAACACUGUUUUGUUACAAAUUCACUGUCCCAUCAUAAAAACCUGUGAGAACCUUCCAUUUGGGAAUCACUUUUUUGAACCUACUGCCUGUGGUUUCCUUCCCCUGGCGUUUCUUAGCGAUGCCACCUGUAUGAUCACUGGGCUUCUGUUUCUCCAGAUUCCAUCAGCUCCUAUAGCUCAUUUCUAACCCAAAGCAACAUCAUAGCAAUUUCCAGAGCACUCAGACGAGAUGGCAGAGGUUGUAACCUGAGAUGGGGAACAACUUGUGUGAGCAGAUGAACAGGAAGGAACACAAAGCCCAGUAAUUAUGCAUGUACAGUAGUGUGCGCUUACAUACACUUACUGGAGAGACCGUGUGUCCCAAUGGACUGAACACUGUAUUGCAGGUCAGGAACUCCAGAGUCCUGCUCCCAGUACCAUCAUUGAUUCACUGUGUGCAAGUCUCUUAGCCGCUCUUUGCCUCAGUUUCUCCAUCUGCAAAAUUGGGAUCGUAAUCAUUCCCUGUGAGAAGAUGUGCCCCCAAUGCAUUCAUGAUGCAAGGUGUUAUACAAAUGCUAAGUAUGGUGGUCAUGUGUGAAGACCAAGGGAGAUACAUGCACAAAGCUGAAUUGUUUCCAAAUUCAUUGUUCUUUCCACACGCCUCAGGAGAUUUACCUAAGCAGAUUUGUAAAUGUCAUGAGACUCUAUCCACUUCAAUCCCUUGAGCAGUUUGAAGCUGUUGUGGUCAUUUCUUUUCCCACAGAUUCUCCUUUUUUUAAAAAUUUUGCACUAUGUUUUGAUUCUGAUUUGCUUUAUAUCGCUUCACAAGCUAGUUACAUGCAGUAGAUUUCAGAAUUCAAUGCUAGCAUUUUUAAUAAUGAGCAACAGCAACAUGGGUGCUUAGAUUGGUCUGUCUCGAUCAGUGAGGGACUCCUGAAUAGCCUGCUUGCUUUUGAAGCUCUCUAAACAAUUCAUGCUCAAAAAACAAAACAAAAAAAAAGAAGUAAGAUGUUUUCUGAGGUUAUCUUUUUGUUUUGUUUUUUAAAAUAUUAUUUGGUGCUUGUUCUUAAUUGCAAGCUGGGCUUGCAAAAAUAUUUAUCUUUCUGUUUAUUUGAAAGAGGUCUGGUUUAGAAAAAAGUUUAUUUUGUUUUAUUUUUUUAUUUUUCUUUUGUUUUUUUAAAGAUGAGCUUGAUCAACCCAAUGGUUUUAUUUUGUCAUUGCAUAACACAAAACCAGGGUGUGUUCAGUGCUGCAUAGCAGCCCGUGUCCUGCCUGAAGAGCGGUUAGGUACAAGUGAUUCCGGCUGGAGAGCUGCCUUCAAGGCAAAGUAUCUCCAGGCCAGACAAAAAUUUGGGAAGAGAGGCAGUGUUUUUUGUCUGGAACCUUGCUGGCCCUCCAUUUUCUUGUUUAAACAGGUUUGUGUUAUAUAUUCCCAUACCUCUUUGAGGCAAGGUAAAAAGCCAAAUUUUGCUCUUGGUGUACGGGCCUCAUUCGCUGCCAUUGGAAAUCAAUGGGUGUCUCUCCAUUGGCUUCAGCGGGCAUUGGUUCAUGCCCUAAAGCUGGAGUGUGGUUUUUAGAAAUAGGAAAAAACAACAGCCACAGCUAAUUUAAAGAACCUCUGCCCUAAUAUUCGCCUGCUUGUGAAAGUGAAUGUGCUAAAAGGAAAUUUUGGAACCCAGUCCAGUGUAUGGCAUGGUUACCGAUUUGUACACAGAACUGAGCUCGCUAAUAUUUUUGAAGGAUUCCAUUUAGUUUGUAGGAGCGUUUGCCCGUGUGAGUGCUUUCUUCUGCCCCAGUGGUCCAUCUCUUCUCCCCAAAGCCAGCACUUCUUGAACUUACAAAACAGCACUCCUGAAUAGAGGCACAUCACCCAAGGGCAGUGGGGAUGAAACCAUGGCUGAAUUGCUUGUCUCUCUAGUCCUGUUGUAAAUAGAAUGGCAUUCAGUGAACUGUAUAAACUCAGUCUGUAUUUCACCAAGCGGUUGGCUGCCCAUGUUAUCAAAUUUAUUUGUGUUUGUACUGUGGUGAACAGAAACCCUUUGUCAUUGGAGGGUACAAAUUGCUGUGUGAUUUGAUUAUAUUAGAUUAAAGCCUGUAGUCCCACCUUCCUCUUUCCUCCAUUUUCUUUCAUUUUUAGGGAACUGAAGGUUUUUAUUUUUCAUCCAUUUUGCUCAAGUUUUCCUUGAUAGGUUGGAACUCGUCCAUGGAGAUGGAUUCCCACUCUGAUCCCUGCAGAUUAUCCAGCAUUACCCAGUUAGUGCACGGUCCCAGGUGUAGUGUUAAGUGGGUCAGUUUUUGCAGCACCAAUGUUUUAUUAAUUUCCUUUCCUGGCCUUAAUUAAUGAAUUAUGUUUGUUCCACUUCCAUGCUUGGCAUCUAACUCGUGUUUGUUGAGUGCACUUUAUUUCUUAGCGCGAACCUGACAUCCCACUGGGCUUCUAAGGCCUGGGUCCUCUCAAAAGUCACCCACUACGUAUCGUGCUGCGGCUGUGCAUGACAGCCCGGUUCAGAAGUGGCUGCAUGAAUUCCGUACUGGUGCGGGGAUAAGAUUAAUUUGCAAGGAGCUGCAGUUUGAGCUCCCUUCGCUAGUUUGUCAUUGAUGGGAGAGUCAUAUCUCCCUUAGGCCUGUGUCAAGGCUUGGCAUGGUAACUGUUACUACACAGUAGAAGGAGCUUCAGUGAAUAGCAUAGUGGGAGAUGCAAUUUCGGCAUGAAAUAUAUCAGGUGGUCAGUAUUAGGGAACUUCUGGCCACACCAGCAAUCUGUGAUCAGACUGCAGCUGUAGCAAACGGUCUGUAGAAUCAAAGGGAUUGCCUGGGAUUUGAUGUCAGCAUCUUUUAAAUGAAGUGAUCAUCUCAAUAUAUAAGUUUCUAUGUUGUUCAAUGCCAUAAAGUGCUUUAAAUGGAAUCUGUCUUGUCACUUCUUUGCUGCUUUUUGGUUAUUUUGAGACAAUCAGACGAAUUCCUUCCCCUCCCCAUCCCUAGUACAAUCUGGGAAGGAGAUUAGAUGUUACAAAAUAUUUAAGUGUGAAGUCUGCAUAAUUUAGACUUUGAAGAGAUUUAGGAGCCGUGGUGGGAAAGAAUCUUUCCAAAUUAUGUUUUUUAGCCCAAAGUUCAGAAAGUAUGAAUUUUACCUCUGUCCCCUUGGAAAUGUAGUGAGCUGAGAACCCUCUCUUUCCUUGUGGGAUUCAUCUAUUACUCAGCCUUUUGGUUAAUUCCUUCGGAAACCUAACCCAGCUCCCUAGCCUGGAAGACUCAUCUUACAUGUGACGCUGGAGGAAAAUCAAGAGCAGCAAUGCUGCCAGAGGGUUAGGUGGGGAAGGAGGGAUUGGCUUCCCAUGGGGUAAAUUAGAGAUACGGCAUUGGCAUCGAUAUCACCUCCCUAGCAAGGGUGGAGAAUGCUGUGUAAAGAGCAACACUUCCAUUGAAGUCUCACUUUCUAUCUCCUCUUUCUCUAGUAAGAAACCCAGAGUAAGGGGUAUAGCCAAUGAGUGAAGUGCAAUGAGGCUAUUUCCCUGAACUAAGCUCUUUACUAUACAGAACACCCAUGGACCUCAUAGGCUAUGUCUCUGGGAUGGGAGCACUUGCUUUCAGUUGAGAUGGCCGGAGCUUUUCACUACACACAGCUCUUGAAGUCUGACCACAGGUAUAAAUUUAGAUUGGUCUGAUUUAUAGUUUCUUUCAUGGGUAUUUGUAGAGUCUGGUAAUCUUCACAUCUUCUUUGGGUUCCUAAAACACCCUGAAGCUUUCACUGAUCCAGUCCACUAUGCCAGAGAGCCUUGAAGACAUCAGGCUAGGGAGAGCGUAGUGGGUGCCAAAUCUCAUGGGAGUUGUCUGGGAUAGCUGGAUAGUUGGGCAAGGGAAGACUGGUCAGAGGUGGCAACAAAGGAUUUGAUUGCCCCUUUAAACUUAGCAUAACAUUCCUUGUUAACCAGAACUCUGGAAACUAUUCUGCCUGCUGGCCAGGUUUGUAAACUUAAAAUAAUUUAAGUUAACCUAUGAAAUAAAUCAUCCCCAAGUACUCGUAAUUCUUAUUUUAUUUGUCAGAAGGGGCAGCGAUCCAUGAUUAGUUCUCUAUCCAGUGAUCUCGCUAAGUUUUAAAGAUAGGCAAGCUGAACUGGUUUAGUCUUGGACCUCUCAUGCUCUUGAGUAAUCGGAAGACCACUAUCAGUGUACCUUUUAGGGUCUCAUUGCCUUUUCCCUGCACAUGCACUUCACUGACAUUGAAGUUCAGCCCUAAAGUAUUCUGCUUCCGUUGCCUGGAGGGAAAAAAGGGUGUGGUUCGCUGCUUUGCAUACAGCAGUAAGCUUUGUGUGUAUUUUUAAGAGUCUAUACAUACGGAUCACAUUCACACUCUUACGUAUUUUUGACUCUGUUCCUUAUUGAUAAUAAACACUGACUCAGAACAUCCAUGUCCAGUUCAGUUUGCCUAUGGUUAAAGUUUAGCCUCGUGUUUAUUUUUUACUAAUCUGGAAUGCACUAGAGCAAUCCACAGAAUGUAGAGGAUGUGCGUUAUAAUAACACUCUAUACCUCUGCAUCCAGUUCUGGGGGGAUUUUUUAUGCUUUGCAUUUUUUCAUGUUGAAUCUGUAAAAUAAAUAAAAAUAAAAAAGUUUAAACGUUGCAAAAAUGAAAUUUAAAAAAUAGGGUAAAACAAUAAUUGCUGUAUGUUAAUUUGUAAUUAUGUAAAAAGUGAGCAGGUUAUUGACUGUAAAUUCUUCAGUUUUUCUGUAAUUUGCCAGAAACCAUCAGGUUUUGUAACAAGCUUUUAUUUAUCUUCCUUUCUAGUUAGCAGCAGCAUCCUCUUGUAAAGUCAUUUUUUUUUCCUCUAAAUAAAUUUGAUUUUAAGUCUGA